CCCCCCGCUCUCACCACCCCAUCGGUCCCCGGUUGAGGAAGUGAAUUCGCUGACGGGGCUGGGUUCUGAGGGAGAGAGAGGCGAACAGAAACAGCAGCAACUCGGAAGGAAUAGAAAUAACAACAAGAGAAGGAAAAAAAGCUAAAUAAGCAAACGAAAGUAUAAAGAAAUCCGCUAAAGCAUAUUUUACUGCUGAGAGCCGACACCGAGAGCCGCAGACAUGAAUGACCAGCAGUUAGACUGUGCCCUGGACCUGAUGAGGCGUCUGCCUCCGCAGCAGAUCGAGAAGAACCUCAGUGACCUGAUUGACCUGGUCCCCAGUCUAUGCGAGGAUCUGCUGUCCUCUGUCGACCAGCCCCUGAAGAUCGCCCGUGACAAGGUGGUGGGCAAGGACUACCUGCUCUGUGACUACAACCGUGAUGGGGACUCCUACAGAUCUCCCUGGAGCAAUAAGUAUGAGCCCCCAAUUGAUGACGGUGCCAUGCCAUCUGCACGCCUGCGUAAGCUGGAGGUGGAGGCCAACAAUGCCUUCGACCAGUACAGAGACCUGUACUUUGAGGGCGGCGUGUCAUCGGUCUACCUGUGGGACCUGGACCACGGCUUCGCAGGCGUCAUCCUCAUUAAGAAGGCCGGAGACGGCUCCAAGAAGAUCAAGGGCUGCUGGGACUCCAUCCAUGUGGUGGAGGUGCAGGAGAAGUCGAGCGGUCGCACCGCUCACUACAAACUGACCUCCACCGUGAUGCUGUGGCUACAGACGACCAAGACGGGCUCUGGCACCAUGAACCUGGGAGGCAGCCUCACCAGACAGAUGGAGAAAGAUGAGACGGUGGGGGAGUCGUCCCCGCACAUCGCCAACAUCGGCCGCCUGGUGGAGGACAUGGAAAACAAGAUUCGCUCCACCCUGAACGAGAUAUACUUUGGAAAGACCAAGGACAUUGUUAACGGUCUGAGAUCUAUUGACUCUUUGCCUGAUAAUCAAAAGUACCGGCAGCUCCAGAAGGAGCUGUCUCAGGUCCUCACCCAGCGGCAGAUCUACAUUCAGCCCGAUGACUAGGGCUGGAGGAGUGUUCAGACCAUGGGUGACAAGUCAAAGCAGGAGGCUCUGAAGAACGACCUUAUUAAGGCACUCAAAGGCAAACAACAAAGUUAGAGAUGCUGUUCUCUAUCUCUCUCUUUCUCUCCUUCUCUUACUCACUCUCAUUCGUUCAUUCAUCACAUCUUUAUCUUUGCCCUCUCUUUCUUCACAUCACUCCCACCAUCUUUUGUCAUGUUGCUUUCACUAUCUCGCCACUCUUUCCCUGUCUCUCAGUGCUGCACUCUAGUUCUUUAGGCUAAAAAAAGGAAAGCAGUUUUUCAUCGGUUUUUUUUGUUUGUUUUUUUUUAAACAUUUUCCAAAGCAUCGCAUUCUCAUCAAAGCCAUUCGCUAACCACAUUGUUGUUAUAAAUACUAGUAUUAUAAUUAUUAUGAUGGUAUAACCGUAUGAUAAUGAUCCCUGCGUAUGUUUCACUGUUGGGGUCUCCUGAUGAAUAUCUUCCUGAUGCUUUUGCAUUGUCCACGAGACUGCGGGGCUCAGGGUGACUCAGACUGAAUAAACAAAAGCCAGAGUUCAGAUGGCGGGGUCAGGCUAUUGAAUAGUCUUUUUUUUCUAUGCCCGUUAAUAUGAUGAUAUGUAUAUUAUUAUUGGUAUCGUCUCGGCACCCCAUCUCCCUGUGCUAAUGGUAACUGUUACUCUUCUGGGUGAUGUAGUACUGGGGGUUAAAGAGAUUGGGGAAGUGCGUCUCCGGUUUUUUCUUUGCUAUGGGUCAACGGUUAGCGCAGUGUCUCGCUCUGUCUGAUCGCGUGUCUGUUAGUCUGUCAGGUCAGCGGUAAGGGGGGGGGGGGGGGGUCACAGCCAACUGGACAGACGUAUGUGUCGACAUGCAGAGAGUGUGAGGAAGAAUUGAACAAAUGUACUGUGUAUCACUCUGCCAUCUUCAUCUCUCCACUCCCCCCUUACCCCUCCCAACAUCCCUCUCCAGUGUUUAUUCGGCUGGGUGGGGGGAGGUUUCCGCUCCUCUGUCCUGCCAGAAGUUCUUUUUGUUUUUAUUUGAGGGUUUUUUUUUUUGUUGUCAGUUUGCCUUUUUUUGUAAAGCUUGUUUCAUGUUGUAUUAGAGCCUCCAACACCAAUAAAAUUUGAAAUGGUAAAUAAUGUUAUUUUUCUAUAUGGUAAUGCAUAUAUAAAGCAUGUAUAAAUGUUAUUGUGUGUUAUAACUCUAGUGAGCUUCCAUGGAAAAACCAGUGUAUAUACAGUUAAAUGCAAAAGUAUUUGGAACAGUCACACAAUUGUGUUGUUUUGGCUCUGUACUCCACCAUAUUGGAUUUGAAAUAAAACGAUGAAUAUGAGGUGAAA